GAGGCCGAGGCUUUCUUCGAUUUCACCGUGAAGGCGCUGCAUGCCACACCGGGUCCUUCAGUGGUCGAGCCAUCGCUGCCGGCGUACCCGACCCACAUCAGCCACCUCAGGGUGAUGAACUUCAAUAAGCAGGAUGUGAACACCUGCCUGGCGCUUGUUGCGCCACUGAUGGACACACCGUCCGAAGACCUGAGGCUGGAGGUCCUGGUCAGCCUCUUUGCU